AUGGAAGGUUUUGUGUUUCGUGGUUCGGAGAAUUCUGUAACAGUCGGAGAUAAACUUAAAGGUGAGAAAACAACGAUGCCAUGUCCUGGAAGUGUGGCAAGGCGAAAGCUGGCUGACAUUAGCAAUGUGCCACAAAAAUCUAGGCCCUCAUUUCAAGAUGAUAAACCACAACCUAUUUCAAGAACUACGAAAGAGUAUAUUGACCAGCUCCAAAAGGAACACUUGGCUCUAGUAACGAUGCUGGCACAGAGAAACAAAAUCAUUGAACAGAGUGGGAUUGAGUUAGAAAGACUGCGAGUAAACCUGAUUAAAAUGCAGGAACAGAAUCAACAAUUUGCCCUGUCCAACACCCAAAUGCUCGCGGAACUAAAUUCAGUUAAAGAUCGGUUGAGAGCAUUACAACAUGAGCUUGGAUGCAAAAAUGGUUUGCUAAGAGCAAGGCAGUUGCAGCUUGCGGAAAAAGCAAAAAUGAAACCUUGCCAAGACAUUGAUGCUGAGGUGAAUUUGAUCAAAUAUGAAGAACCAGGUGAGUCCUUGAAGGAAGAUAGAGGAGAUAAAGAACCUCGAAAUACAAGGAAGAGGUCACAAUCAUACUGUUCGUCUGAACAAGUCCAAUCUAAGGAUAAGGCUGCAAAGAAAAGGUCCUCUUUGAGGAGGCAAUCUUCCAGGUUUAAAGCUAAAGAAAAAGAGCCUGCUGAGGAUUUGUUCGAGAUACAUGAUGCCAGAUUUCCAGUAUGUUCGUUGCCUGAUGAUCCAGUCCUGGAGGAUAAUUCAGUUUCAGUAAGUGGAGCAGUAAACAACAAAGUUAAGGAAUGCAUUUCUGCGACAAUAUAUGAACCUCAACAGUUUGGAAGAUCUUCUUUCGGCAGGCCAUCACGCCAAGCAGCCAAAAAGGAACUAAAUUCAGGUAAAGAUCGGUUGAGAGCAUUACAACAUGAGCUUGGAUGCAAAAAUGGUUUGCUAAGAGCAAGGCAGUUGCAGCUUGAGGAAAAAUCAAAAAUGAAACCUUGCCAAGACAUUGAUGCUGAGGUGAAUUUGAUCAAAUAUGAAGAACCAGGUGAGUCCUUGAAGGAAGAUGGAGGAGAUAAAGAACCUCGAAAUACAAGGAAGAGGUCACAAUCAUACUGUUCGUCUGAACAAGUCCAAUCUAAGGAUAAGGCUGUAAAGAAAAGGUCCUCUUUGAGGAGGCAAUCUUCCAGGUUUAAAGCUGAAGAAAAAGAGCCUGCUGAGGAUUUGUUCGAGAUACAUGAUGCCAGAUUUCCAGUAUGUUCAUUGCCUGAUGAUCCAGUCCUGGAGGAUAAUUCAGUUUCAGUAAGUGGAGCAGUAAACAACAAAGUUAAGGAAUGCAUUUCUGCGCCAAUAUAUGAACCUCAACAGUUUGGAAGAUCUUCUCUCGGCAGGCCAUCACGCCAAGCAGCCAAAAAGGUCCAAUCUUACAAGGAAAUCCCACUAAAUGUCAAAAUGCGCAGAAUCUAG